AUGGCUAGCGCAGCACUAUUGGGUGGCCAUGAGAAGAAGCACAAGGUGACGGUGGUGGGAUCCGGCAAUUGGGGUUCGACCAUCUCCAAGAUCGUCGCUGAGAACACCCGGGCGAACAACACCAUCUUCGAGGAAGAUGUCCAGAUGUGGGUGUAUGAGGAGGAGGUCACCAUCCCCAAGGACUCCAAGUUUUACGACGAGUCUGUUGGCGACAAGCCUCAGAAGCUCACGUCAAUCAUCAACAAGCACCAUGAGAACGUAAAGUACCUGCCUGGCAUCGCACUUCCCUCCAAUGUGAUCGCCAACCCCUCCCUGAGGGACGCUGUCAAGGACUCUACCAUCCUCGUUUUCAACCUGCCCCACCAGUUUAUCAACAAUGCCUGCAAAGAGAUCCGCGGUCAUAUCUUGCCAUAUGCACGUGGAAUCAGCUGCGUCAAGGGUGUGAACGUCUCCGACGAGGGCAUCAGUCUGUUCAGCGAGUGGAUCGGCGACGGGCUCGGCAUCUACUGCGGCGCCCUCAGUGGUGCCAACAUUGCAACCGAAAUCGCAAACGAGAAAUGGUCCGAGACAACCAUUGCAUACGACCCACCUCCAAUGGACAACAGCAGGGCCCCAACACCUCGGUCGUCGAGCCCCAACAUUUCCAUCACAUCCCUCGCUGAAGCUGGCCACCGCGACGCCCGUGGGCGAGCGUCGAAGACCAAGCUGACCCCGGUCCCGGCCGAGUACCCGCCCCUCGAUCAUGAUUGCUUCAGUGUGCUGUUCCACAGACCUUACUUCCAUGUACAGAUGGUAUCGGAUGUUGCCGGUGUGUCGCUGGGCGGCGCUCUCAAGAACAUUGUCGCCCUCGCUGCUGGUUUUGUUGAUGGUCGUGGCUGGGGUGACAAUGCCAAGGCCGCAAUCAUGCGAAUCGGGCUCAUGGAGAUGGUCAAGUUCGGCAAGGAGUUCUUCGGUGAGACGGUGCAGACUGCAACCUUCACCGAGUCAUCUGCCGGCGUUGCCGAUCUCAUCACCUCCUGCUCCGGAGGACGUAACUUCCGCUGCGCCAGGAAGGCAGUCGAGAAAGGCAUGACCGUGCAGGAGGUCGAGCACGAGGACCUCAAUGGCCAGAUGCUCCAGGGUACCUCGACCGCCUAUGAGGUCAACAGCUUCCUGAAGAAGAGAGGCUUGGAAUCCAAAUACCCCCUGUUCACAGCUGUCAAUGGCAUCCUGCGUGGAGAGCGCACCGUGGAUGAGAUUCCCAGCUUAGUCUAG